UUAUAAUACAUUUAGACAAUGUAAUAAAAGAAGUAAUUUAUUAAAAUGAAUAAACCAAGACCAUGUGGUUGCAAAAAUCUUAGAUCGUGUUACAUUUGUCAAAGUGAUUAUAAUAUUAUUAAAUAUAAUAAUAAUUGUUGGUUGCGUGCCUAGAUAGAGGUAAACAAGUACUUAUUUGCAACGAAGAAAAAGAGAGGUUAUAAUAAAUGUAGACAAUGUAAUAUAUGAAGUAAUUUAUUAGAAUGAAUAAACCAAGACCAUGUGGUUGCAAAGGUCUUAGAUCUUGUUACAUUUGUGAAAGUGAAUAUAAUAUUAUUAAAUCUAAUAAUAUCAACGUAGAACAUGGCAAGUAUGUAUAUUGUCACAUCUGUGAUAAAGCUUGGCCAGGUUGGAAUCCUGAAGAUAACUCCCAUGAAAAUCAUUUCGCUCAACCAAUACAGUAUCCGGGUAUUUUUAUCAAAUCAGAUUUUUUAUCAGAAACUGAAGAAAAUGAGUUGGUCAAAUGCCUUGAUGCUAUGCCUUGGGAUUCAUCCCAGAGUGGAAGAAGAAAACAGAAUUUUGGCCCAAAAUGUAAUUUUAAAAAGAAAAAAAUUAGACUGGGAACAUUUGAGGGAUUUCCUUUGAAAACACAAUUUGUUCAAAAUAAAUUACAGUCUAUACCAAUCAUGAAAGGAUUCAAAACUAUAGAACAAUGUAGUUUAGAGUACAAUCCUGAAAGAGGAGCAUCUAUUGACCCACAUAUUGACGAUUGUUGGAUAUGGGGGGAAAGAAUAGUUACUGUUAACUUAUUAGCUGAUUCCGUACUUACAAUGACCUAUAAUAAUAAACCUCAUAAAUAUAAUUUAGAUUGUGUUAAGACAUAUCCUUCUGUUCUAACAGAAAAUGGAAGUAUUAAUGUUAGUGGUGCUAAUUACAACUUAAAAACAUCAAACUGUGAUAAUAGACCAGUUGUUAGAAUUCCAAUGCCCCGAAGAUCAUUAUUAAUAAUGUAUGGUUCAGCAAGAUAUGAUUGGGAACAUCAAAUAUUAAGAGAGGAUGUAAAAACCCGUAGAUUAUGUCUAGCUUACAGAGAAUUCACACCCCCUUAUUUAGAAUUUGGUGCAAAAUAUGAAGAAGGAAAACUAAUUUUGGAAAAAGCCAAAUAUUUUUAUGAUCCAUAACUGUGAAAGUUGAAUAAAAUUUGUUACGAAUCAUGUAGUUUGGUUACAUUGUUUGUUUAUUGUCAUCAAACCGUUAGCAUAAUUGAAGAAGUACAUCUGCAUUUGAAAAUAUAAAAAAUAUUCCA